AUGUCUCUGGAGGACGCAUUUCUCACAGACCCCGAGGACCUCCGGGGUCCAGUGUUUCCGAACGUGUCCAGAGUGUCUGCGGACUCCUCGGAGCAGCACCGGUACAACAUCUGGCUCCCCGGCAUCGUGAUCGCCGCCGUCUAUGGGAUGAUCAUCAUCGUGGGUCUGGUCGGAAAUGUCACCUUAAUGAAGACGUGUUUGUUGGUGAAGUCAAUGCGGACGGUGCCCAACUUGUUCCUGUCCAGUCUGGCUCUGGGGGACCUGCUGCUGCUGGUGACCUGCGCCCCGGUGGACGCCAGCCGCUACCUGGUGGACGAGUGGCUCUUUGGCCGAGUCGGAUGCAAAUUGAUCCCGUUCAUCCAGCUCACCUCGGUGGGAGUCUCCGUGUUCACCCUCACUGCUCUCUCCGCUGAUCGGUACAAAGCCAUCGUCAAGCCGCUGGACAUCCACAGGUCCAGCAUCUGUUUACGAGUGGGGGUGAUUUGGCUGCUCUCUUUGACUCUGGCGAUUCCUGAAGCUGUCUUCUCUGACCUGCACGCCUUCACCACCAGCCACACCAAUGAGACGUUCAUGACCUGUGCGCCCUACCCUCACGCCAGGAAGCUGCACCCGCAGAUCCACUCCACCGCCUCCUUCCUCAUCUUCUACAUAGUCCCACUCUUCAUCAUAUCUGUCUACUACUGCUUCAUCGCUCGCUGCCUGCUCAGAAGCUCUGUGGAUAUCCCGGCUGAAGGACACCUUCACCUCCAGAAACAGAUCCGGUCCAGGAAGCGAUUGGCCAAAACGGUGCUGGUGUUUGUUGGCUUGUUUGCCGUCUGCUGGCUGCCCAGUCACGUGAUCUACCUGUACCGCUCCUUCAACUACGACCAGGUGGACACGUCGCUGGGCCACUUCAUUGCUAGCGUGUGUGCUCGCAUCUUGGCUUUCACCAACUCCUGUGUGAACCCGUUUGCUCUUUACCUGAUGAGCAAAACCUUCAGCAAACACUUCAACAAGCAACUAUGCUGCACGUCUCCCAGGCGGUUGAACCACCAGAGUAGUGCAAGGACAAACAUAACCACCGUAUGA